AUGGCUUCGUCCUUUCGCCUCGCCAACCCCGAGGCGGCGCCUCUCAUGAUGGCGCAAUCAUCACCAUUCGUCGUCUUCACGAAGCCCCACGAUUCUCACCCGUCGCUUGACCAUCUUAUCCUACUGGUUUUCGAGGCUGUGAUGGAGGUGGUGUGCGUCAGCUUGCCCGGAUACAUCAUCGCAAGGCUAGGCCAUUUCGAUGCCGACAAGCAAAAGUUCCUGGCGAACCUCAACGUGAUGCUAUUCACGCCAUGUCUAAUCUUCACGAAAUUGGCCUCCCAGCUCAACGCCGACAAGCUUAUCGAGCUCGCUGUCAUACCCAUUAUAUUCGUCAUACAGACUAUCGUGUCUUACUUGGUUGCACAAGGCGUCUCCCGGCUUUUCGGAUUUCACAAGAGGGCGUCAAACUUUGUCACAGCCAUGGGUGUUUUCGGCAAUUCGAACUCGCUCCCAAUCUCCCUGGUGAUAUCCCUCUCGCAGACACUAAAGGGUCUCCACUGGGACAAGAUACCCGGCGAUAAUGACGACGAAGUCGCCGCCCGUGGCAUUCUGUACUUGAUGAUAUUCCAGCAGCUGGGCCAACUGGUACGAUGGAGCUGGGGCUAUCACGUCCUGCUGGCGCCCAAGGAGAAGUACGACGACUACGACGACGAAAGAAUCGAAGAGGGCCGAUUUGCCAGGGACGCGAUGGGUAGCGAGGAGACGGACAACCUCCUCCGGCCUGACGAUGAUGACGAAGACACCGACGAUCACCGGAGCAGCGCAUCAGAUACCUACGAGCCUGCUGGCCGUACUCCAGUGGCGAACCAGUCACGAUCAUCCCUCGCUGAUCUUAUCAACGAUGACGGCACUACAACCCCUAGGAAGAACGCGAAUGGCAAGCACCACUACAAGACGAACUCGGCGCGGCCCAGUACUGCGGGCACCCUUGGCGAGGACAUUGGCAGCCUGCAUAACGACAGCAUCCUAUCCUUCCCCCGCAUCCGUAACAACGACGACGAGGCCGAGAUCCCCGAGGGCAUCAAGGGCUACCCGGAGCGCUGCAACCGCUGGGUCAAGCAGACGAAGACGAGGACGACGGCCGCCAUCAACAGGAAGCGCCAUGAGGCGUAUGCCCGCCUGCCGCCGCCCCUCAAGCGCACGGUGGACUUCCAGCAGGUGGUCGCGGCGAAGCUGAGCAAUUUCUUUUGGGAGUUCAUGAACCCGCCGCUGUGGGCGAUGCUCGCAGCGGUGAUUGUUGCGUCGAUCCCUGACCUGCAGAGGUUGUUCUUCGAGGAGGGCUCGUUCAUCAAGAACAGCGUGACCAGCGCCGUCAGCUCGAGCGCCGGCGUGGCCGUUCCGCUCAUCCUGGUCGUGUUGGGCGCCAACCUGGCGCGCAACACGCAGAAGCGCGACGGCGAGCCCGAGGAGGCCGUUAUCGGCAGCAAGCUACUUGUUGCCAGCCUCGUCUGUCGCAUGCUGCUGCCCACUCUGAUCAUGGCGCCCAUCCUGGCCGUCUUCGCCAAGUACGUGCCCGUGAGCAUUCUGGACGACCCUAUCUUCGUCAUCGUGUGCUUCCUCCUCACCGGCGCGCCGAGCGCGCUGCAGCUGGCGCAGAUCUGCCAGAUCAACUCGGUCUACGAGAAUGUCAUGUCCAAGAUCCUUUUCCAGAGCUACGUUAUCUGGAUCCUGCCCUCAACCCUCAUUCUUGUCAUGCUCGCGCUUGAGGUUGUUGAGUGGGCUGCAUAA